AUGUUGUUAUUUAUAAUAUUGAAUUUCAUUGUUAUUAUCGAUAAGUCCUGUUCAUUACUGUGUUACAAUGGAACAUUUACAUCCAGUCGUUAUGGAAAUGAUCCCGUCUCCUACAGAGGACUGUUUGGCCCCAGCCGGACAGCUGUUGCAAGAACACGUUGUAUGCUAACCAUACAGUGCGAUCCUUGUUCAGAGAACGCUAUGUGCUUUGUGAGGUCAUGGAAUGCAAGGGCGCGUCAUGCGUGGAUAGUGCAGAGAGGAUGUUAUCUACCGACAGGAGAUGAUACACUGCCCCGAUCCGUGAAUAUACCCACAAGAGCUAUGUCUUGUAAACAGGAAAGACAUGUCGAAGCAGAGUACAAGGUCUGUCUGUGUCGAGCAGACUGGUGCAACUCCGCGUCCAGCUUAGUGCCUUCUAUUGCACAAUAUUUUUAUAAGUGGUUAACAUACAUAGUUGGAAAUAUAAUUAUUAUUUUUUGA